AAGGAUACGGCCGUGUCGGCAAGGACUUCACUCUAUCGGAGCGUUCGGUACGGUACGGAACAGUAAACUCCUGUAUCACUCUUGUACUGGGUGGAUGUGUGUGUGUGUGUGUGUUAUAUGUUUAGGUUCCAGUGGUAACCAGUAUCCUUAAGGUUCGAACGUUUACCGUGUACGCAAGGUUCAGUGUUUCCGGUGCCGCAGUUUAGUGACGGUGCGUAAUUGCUUCUCGCAAAAGAUCUCUAGAUUAAUACAACACCAGUCCCUUGCCGGGGUGCCCCAGCGUGCUCGCUUCUUUCAAUCUCCGCUCCGGAAAGGCAAAACUCGCGUGUCAAGGACGUUGCAGCAGACCCGCAACACCGUCACCAUCCGGCAUGGCGAAGCUGCUCCUUAGUUUCGCGCUUGCGAUCCUCACCGUCGGCAGCAUCGAUUCGGUCGAGUCACGGGCGGUAAACAUCAGCAACACGUGGACGCUACCGCAGGAAGGCUUCUCCGUGUUCUACCGCUACUUUCGCGACAAAAUCUCCUGGUUCGAAGCGGAUGCCGUCUGUCAGUUCCAUCACGCCAAUCUAGUCACCGUGGACAAUGGUGUACAAUUCGAUGCGACGCGGGCCUUCCUGAAGGAGCUGGAUGUCACCAGCGCAGUAUGGAUCGGACUGAUGCGUCCCGAAAACUCGGCCCGCUUUACCUGGACGAGCUCCAAGGCACUGGAUCCAUCGAGCGGAUAUUGGGCGGAGGCAAUUCCAGCCAUGGAGCAGCCCCUGUGCGCGGUAGUGGACCCAGUGCGUGACUUCCGCUGGCAUGCACUCCGUUGCGGUGGUCCGGAAACGGCUGCUUUCCUGUGUGAACUACCGGUUCCAACGUGGGCGGUGGACUGUACCGUCACGUCAAUUCCAUCACUGACUGUGCAGUAUAUGUCGGACAGUGGUACCGUGCAGCUGUCACGGGACUGUGGCGAAUCAGGCACGAAACAUAUCUCCUGCCAGGGGAAACAGGACCGGGACAGCAUUAUCGAGCAAUUGCAGUGUAGCGAUGAGGAGGACCUGGCGUCGGUGCUCGCGACCGAGAACAACAACCAGCUGCCGGGUGUCGAAAGUGCGGCCACGGCUAGCUCAACGCGCCGCCCGCAACAGCAGCCUAUACUGGAGCAUGAUAUACUGACGGUAGUGUCGAGCAACGACGAGGAAAGCAACAACAAGAUCGAGGUCAACCCGAACCAAAUCGAGGACACGGUGAAGAACGUGAUCAACAAGUUUAACCUGCAGGACCUGAUGCGCAGCGAGCAGGCGGCCGCCUUGCACAGCGAAGAGGUGGACGGUCGCGGUGCUGAGAGUGCGCAUAAGUCAGGCUACGCCAAGAAAUACUCACCCUUAUAUGAGAAGAAGAACCAUUACGCGAAGAAGAACGUCAACGGAGCGGAACGGAACGAGAGCGCCGAUGAGGAGGAGGAGGAUGAAGACGAACCAAUGCUUGGAGAUCAACCGCUGCCGGACGAGACGGAGACGCAACCGAUCGACAUCAUCCAGCAAGCGGUGAAACCGACUUCGGACGGAGACUAUGCUGACUCGGCAGUGGUGAGCGGCGGAGUAAAAAUAGGAAAUGAGGAGCCGGCGGGAGACGUUGGUGUGACGACCCCGGAAACAGGCACCACGCCCGAUUCACGCUUGCGACGUGGGACCGAUUCGGACCGGGAGGAAGAUACGACGACCAAGACGACGGAACCAGUUUCAAGCAGCAGUACUGCAUCUGGCGUCACCGAAGUAACGACAACGACGUCGACUACUGCUCCAACUGCAGUGCCUUCUCUGUCACCGACAGUUACUAGCACACCAGCGGCACUGCUAACUACCCGCACUACGGCCGCCAGUCACAUCCUGCCAACGACACCGAAGAAGGAAGUCAUUACUGGGGACCACUUCAUUCCUCCAAUGCUGCUCGUCAAGGCCCGGUUCAUCUCUGCUCGGCCACAAACCGAGGCACCCCCGACGACGGUACUGCCAACCGCAUCCUCCACCAGCCUGCCAGUGGAUCUGGAUGUAUCUGACCCAACAGUAACCGGGCUUGCCACGUCGGAAUUGUCGCUCACGGAGGAUGAAACGAAGCUGGAACCAUCCCCAUCGUCGGCUUCAAUUGCAACUGAAAGCGCUGCAGAGACAACGCACAUUGCUUCUACAGACGCGCAUCACGUUGUUCAGGUUGUAUUUGAACCGAGUGAAUCGGAACGUUCCCAAACGGCCGGAUCGCUCACCAUAACUACUCGGCCGUUCUCAGCGGUGGACACGACACCUGCACCUCUUGCGGCGGAUCCUUCUCCACCUCAGUCCGCUGCGCUAGUGGCCACCAUACAGUUAACGCAGUAUUCGGACUCCAUCACCACUACGGCCGUUCCAGAGCUGGAUACAAUUGUGCACUCUUCAGCAGCUCCGAAUAUGUCGUUAACUUCGAGUAUGGAAGAUCUAGACAUCACAACCGUUGCGCCAGAAACAGUGGAAGCAAAUGUGAGCAGUAAAACCAAUCCAUCUGUAUCGCCUCCAGCAACCGUCGCUCUAUCUACGAUGGUAUCCACGCCCGAGCAGGAAAUUUUCUCAAGCUCGAGCGAUCCAAAUACAACACCGGGAGUGGAAGACAGCUCAUCGCACGAUGUGACAACGGCGAUGCCAUCCACUAGUCCGAAGCUUGAACCUUCAGAACGGCCAGCUGGAGAGGCUUCGGGAGUGAAGCAGCAGAUGGAUGGGGCAGAUGUCCACCACAGCGACCGUACGCACGAGGAGCAUGAAGAGGAUGAAGACGAGCACGAGGAGCACUCGGAGCUGCAUAAUAGCUUCUCCAACGUGGAAAAUUAUCAGCCCUACAAACCGAAUCGUCACCGUGCGCUAACCAAGCCUGAGGUGCACAACAACCAUGGGGCGUACAUUAAGAAAAUUCUUGGCUAAAGAUGCCACUGCUGGUAGCGGGUUCGUCACCCUCCGCAUAUCCGCUUGGUAUGUGUCUACUGGUAUGUUUUAAAAACGGUCUUCAAGAGAGUGCAUAGAGGCAUCAGUGUCCCAGAGAAUAUAGUAAGGUCAAGUCGAACGGAACUGCUGAUUGAGUAUAUAAGUGGGCGAGGUUCAAGCAGUGAAUAUCUCAAAUUGCAGACGAGUACGUAAGGAUCUCUUGGAUCGUUCCCCAACUUCCUAGUGCUGUCUUCUGGGUUAUCUUCCUUCGGACAAAUGUUUGCCAAAUAUCAAUAAUGUUUGCCUAAAGGCGCAGUUCCGUUACCGCACCAGAUUGAUUAACUCCAUCUCUAACACAGACACAAACAAACACAAGAUAGGUAAUAGAUCAAUGUCAAGCAUAAACGUAGUCGUAGUUUGAUAACUAGUAAUAGAAACAGUGUAGAUGCAGGAGUCAACACCUACCGACAACCAAGAUUGCAAAGGCAUAAAGAGCAUUCAGCAAAACUGGACCUCAUUUCCAAAUGCAACAACUCUAUGCUAUAGCCUAGAGAGUAAAAGGUCCAUCUCAUCUGCAGACGAGCAUUGCGGGCAGUUUCAUACCAUCGCUGUGUUAAAUUAAGAAAGUUUGAACGUUGCAAAUUUGUAUUUAGUGUUUACAAACCGAGAAGCACGAAAAGAAAAUACCGAUUUAGGACAGCAGAAGCUACUAAACAACCUCUUCACACAGUCGUUCGGAUCGUCCAGAAGCGGUCUACAGUUCAGGGUGCAAUUCCAUGUUUCACGAAUAACCAAAAGGGUUUAAUAAUGGUGUUUUAAGAUUAAGCUACAAGAUUACACGAAGCAAACACGAUCGCUGGAUAGAAAAAGAAAUGAUAAGCGACGACAGCCGACCACGGGCAAAUUUAUUAAUGCGAUCUGAUGAGUUUCGUUCCAAGCAGGACCAUCCAGGUGCCGCUUUAACACGACUAUAAAGCAGGCGUGACUCAAUUCGCAAUGUUUAUGAUAGAACGGCAGUAUGGAUUUUCAUUACUAUACUGAAACACUAUCAAUUUAUGUUUACAAGCCCUGCUGGUGGAAUUAUUUUCUUAGGGAGAAAUUCGUAUCCCAUCACUGAACUGCAUUGAGAUAUCAAAUAGAUCCUUCCAUACCAACACUUACAUAGCGGAAAUAGAACAAAAUCAUAUUAGCAGCGCAGGACUGUUCUAUGCAGCCUCCCAUUGAACACCUUCGAUCCCACACACAUACACACGCACACACACUCACACAAAAAAAAACACAAACACAUUCUUUUUCGCAUCAAACACACACAGUUUGUCCAGAUCGCAGUUUACGAAGCAAAAUAAACAGUAAUAGCUAGUUUCGUGCAGUUUGAACUAUGCUAACAGAGACAAUUUUAUUACAAAUAAAGUUUUAAACUCAAAA